AAGGAAGAAACAGCCCAGCCCCACAUCGCGGUUUGAGUGACACAGAUACCGGUGUACAUUUACAGGUUUACAGCGGAAACGGAGUGAGAGAUUGGAACCGAGAGGGAUAGACAGGGAGAGGGAGAGAUAUAAUGGAAAGAGUGGAGAAAUAAAUAUUGGAUUAAUUCAAAUAAAAAUACACCAACGGAGGACUAUUUUUUCGCCUCACAUGAAUGGGAACAGCGGGAUACGAUAUGGAGUCUCGUGAGCUAUUUUCUCAGUGUGUUUGAUUGACACACUCUUCCCACCGCUGACCGUCUGACGGUGGAAGGGGCCAUGCAUAACGCGAGCCACCGCCUGGCAGAGAACCAGAGCGAGCCUCAUCUGCCCGACACACACACGGAUUUACCCGCCACUCGCGCGCUCGUCGGCUGCGUCCUCUCACUGAUCAUCCUCUGGACGUUACUGGGUAACUUCACGGUGUGCGCGGCGGUUCUGCGUUACCGGCACCUGCGCGCCAAAGUCACCAACAUCUUCAUCGUGUCCCUGGCGCUGUCGGACCUCCUCGUGGCGCUGCUCGUGAUGCCGUGGAAGGCGGCGGCAGAGGUGGCGGGGUUCUGGCCCUUCGGUGCGUUCUGUGACACCUGGGUGGCGAGCGACAUCAUGUGUUCCACGGCGUCCAUCUUGAAUCUGUGCAUGAUCAGUGUGGACCGCUACUGGGCGAUAUCCAGCCCGUUCCGUUACGAGAGGAGAAUGAACCGCCGCGUGGCCUUUGUCAUGGUCGGCGUGACCUGGACGGUCUCCGUGGUGAUAUCAUUUGUGCCCGUUCAACUCCACUGGCACCGGGCUGCGAUUACCGGAAACACCGGGAGCGGUGACGAAUUUAACCGGGACGUUACCUGGUUUAACGUCAGUGGAGUGUAUCAACUCCGCAGGGCCUCGGAGGAGGUGAACGGCUGGAACUGUGACUCAAGUCUGAGUCGGACCUACGCCAUCUCCUCCUCGCUGAUCAGUUUCUACAUCCCCGUGGCGAUCAUGGUGGUCACCUACACACGGAUCUACCGGAUCGCCCAGGUCCAGAUACGCAGGAUAUCCUCCCUGGAGCGAGCAGCAGAACACGCACAGAACUGCCGCUCGGACCCGCACGUGGAUGUGGAUGCAGAUGGGCACGUGCACGCUUUCCACCAUCGUCAUCCUCCUCUUCGUUCUAAACACCGUUGUUCCAUCUUUCACCAAACUACCAAAUCCCCAAAACAUCAUCAUCAUCACCCUGAUCUUCCUCCCCAACACCGGGCCCUGAGGUACUCCAUUAGGAAGGAAACCAAGGUUCUGAAGACUCUGUCUGUCAUCAUGGGGGUCUUCGUCUUCUGCUGGUCCCCCUUCUUCAUCCUCAACUGUGCCAUGCCCUUCUGCCCAGGUCCAGGUACAGCUUCUAGAACUGUGUCAGACCCCUCCUCCCAAUCCUCCCACCUGUACUGUGUCAGUGAAACCACCUUCGACGUCUUCGUGUGGUUCGGUUGGAGCAACUCUUCCUUAAACCCCGUUAUCUACGCCUUCAACACUGAGUUCCGCGAGGCGUUCCUCCGCUUGCUGGGUUGCCGUGGGGACAACGGGUGCUUUGGAGGCUGGACGACGAGCGCCACGCGCGUGGAGAGUGUUGUCUUGGCGAGCAACGACGCCACCGGGAAGGAGAAGAAGAACUCGCUCUUCACAACGGAGAUGGGCGUGGCUUACGAUACCGGCUGUGGGGCCGGUAGAGGUAGUGUCACAUCUGGUGUAAUCCGCGACCCGGUUAGAGGGAGGGUGCUACCGACACCGUUAACGGACCGUGGAGGAGCUGUAGAGGAGCCGCUGUGUGACUGUGAGGUGGACCCGGUUAGAGGGAGUGGGGACAGCGGGGCAGGUCUCUCUAGGACGCCACCGGCAACGUUAACGAACCGUAGAGGGACGAUAACACAACCAGAGGCGGAGUGCGACUGUCCCACGGAGGAUUGUAAAAGAGACAUAGCGGACGAGGGACAACGGACUCAAAUGAUUCCCUCACAAACUUUCUGAUGAACUUUCAAACUGUGCCAAACUGACCGUACCGUUGAUGUCUGUAGUCGUUUCAUUUCAAAUGAAUCCACAACCUGUAUUGUCUCAGCUGUUAAUGGAUCACAUGUAUCCAGGAAAUAGCUGUGACAGGUUUAUCCAAAACAUUCAUUGGCCAAUUUGAUGAAAAAGCAUUGAGGGUUGAUUGAAACAGGGCCAUUUUCCACCGAUGCUCUAGGCUAAGGUUUCUCCAGCUCUCGUUCCUAAACCCACAAAAGCUCUGUAAUAUAUUGUUGAUCUGACCUGUUUUUAUGGAAGUGGUCCUCAAGGAGAAAAGGAUAGUAAUAGUAAUGGUAAUGAUAGUAAUGAUAGUAAUGGUAGUAAUGGUAAACAACCACAUUGAAAAACACUGUUCUAGGCUGCCGUUGCAUUAGGUCAAUAUCAUUAGGUCAAUAUGAACUCCUGAUUAGUGUAGGUCAAUAUCAUUAGGUCAAUAUCAUUAGGUCAAUAUCAUUUGGUCAAUAUCAACUCCUGAUUGGUGUAGGUCAAUAUCAUUUGGUCAAUAUGAACUCCUGAUUGGUGUAGGUCAAUAUCAUUAGGUCAAUAUGAACUCCUGAUUGGUGUAGGUCAAUAUCAUUAGGUCAAUAUCAUUUGGUCAAUAUCAACUCCUGAUUGGUGUAGGUCAAUAUCAUUAGGUCAAUAUCAUUUGGUCAAUAUCAACUCCUGAUUGGUGUAGGUCAAUAUCAUU